ACUCUCUAGUGACUAGCGGUCAGCACCAGGAACGCCUUGUCAAUAACUGAUCUGAACGGAGUAAAAAUGUCUCAAACUGCUCGAUUUAGAGGCAAAAAGGAAAAUAAAGAUGGACAGACAUCUAAAGGAAAUGCGCAAAAUCUGGAAAGUGAAAAAGUAGUUACAAAAAGCAAAACCUGGUCAUUGAUUAAGUAUAUACUUAAGUUGGUUAUUAUUAUACCAGUGGUCCUAUACCUGUUGGCUGUUACUCUGAUCUAUACUUCAUCAUUUGUGAGAGAACAAGCAAUAUUUCUCAAUUAUGCUAAUAAUCCAUUUGUUAACUUCUCAACCCCUGAAGCUUAUGGUGCAAAGGGUGCAAUAAAUUUCCACAUUAAUGGACCUGCAGGAAAAUUAGGUACUUGGUACAUUCCUGCUAAAGAGAUACCUAAUACAAACCUUGGGGAUGGUCAACCUAUAUUUCUUUAUCUCCAUGGCAAUGCCUUCAAUAGGGCAGAACCUCAUAGAGUAGCCUUAUACCAGGUGUUAUCAAAGCUUUCCUUCCAUGUUGUGACAUUUGACUAUCGAGGAUUUGCUGACUCAGAAGGCCACCCAUCAGAGGAAGGUCUCAUUGAAGAUGGUUUAACAGUUUGGAAAUGGAUCAAGAGAAGAAGUAAAAAAGCACCCGUCUACAUUUGGGGGCAUUCCCUAGGAUCCGGAGUGGCCACAGGUGUUGCCGAAAGGCUGACACAGAUGAGAGCACCACCUAAAGGUCUCAUUCUUGAAGCUGCAUUCAACAGUGUAUAUGAUGCUGGACUUGAUCACUCUCUUGCAAAGCCAUUCAAGUUUCUACCAUACUUUCAUGAGGUUGUCAUGGAAAGCUUCAAGGGAGUCUUUGAAACUGACAAAAGGCUGGGAAAUGUUAACUGCCCAGUACUGAUGCUUCAUGAUCAUGAUGAUGAUAUUAUCCCCUUCAAGUAUGGUAAAAAGCUUCAAGUAUACGCCACCAAGCAACGGCGCGCCAAAGGUUUUCCAGAAAUAGAGCUGUUGGAAUUCCACGACAAACUUGGCCAUAACUGGAUCAUCACAUCUAAGCUUAUCCCUGGGCUGCUAAGAGAUUUCAUGAAAAAAGUGUAGCGAGAUCAAGAAGAGAAAGGCGAAGCAUGAUAUCCUCCGCUGUUCCCUGAUCUUAACUUCUUAUAAUCAGCAUUACCAUGUCGACCAAGACCUCGCGUAUAGGGGCAAUACGUAAGAACGCGCACUGGAUUUUAUCCUUGCAUAUUUUUUUAAAUUAGGCUUCGGAAAGCUAAAGAGAAUAUAUUUAAACCGACGUCUCCACUGCCUACUUAUCAUUUUAUCUAUUUAAAUAAUUCCUUACAAGGGGAAAGCUUUGCAGUUUUCUUCGCUCCAAACAACACAAACUGAAACAUUAGACAGUAACUGUUUCUGACUUUUUAUUUCUUACCGACAGUACUUGAUUCAAAAACAAAAAGCGGACUUAAUUUUGUAUUUUUCAUGGCACUUGAACUCUAGAAACCACUGUUGUCUCAGUGUAAACAUUGUGUGUUAACACCCUGCAUGGUUUUCCAUGCCCAUAUCGAAUUGAUAAGGUGUCAGUAACUCUCGUUUAUCUCAUUGAAUCGUCCUUGUUCUUGAGAAAAAGUAAGUUUUAUCGAAUCCCGUGCCCAUAUAAAAGAUAUCAUAACACAGUAACACGAGUACGCCAUUAAUAUUAUUUGAAUUUGUUUAAAAACGUCGAAUCAGCAUCACCUUAUCCUACUGUCGACCCAGGUCGUAUGAACACUAAUUGUAUAUUCAAUUUUUUUACGAAACUUUUAAAAACUAAACGAGAAUACAUAUAUUUAAACCGAUUUAUCAUUUUGUUUCCAUAUUGUUAUUUGUUCUUUAACAAAUAGCGAAACUUAUAGAAAUGUAUUUUUGUUUUUAUAAUAUAGCCUACACAUAUCUAAAGCGAUAUUCACAAUGACUACUAAAUUGCUUUUGUUUUGUGUUUGUUUGUUUUUUUUUUUAAUAGAAUCUAGGCUAAAUAAAGAGUGUGGGGUGUUUUCCUGAAACACAUGUAAUGAUCUGUAUAAAUCACAUAAAAGAUGGUACGCAGGCUAGAAGUUUGUCUAAAUGUUUUGUUUGCUUAAGAACGGGGAUUUAACCCCUGAAAAUCGGCACUGCACAUCUCCUUCCCACCCCACCCCACCCCGGUAUUUUAGAUCUCCUAAAAAUAAAUAAAAUAAAAAAAAAGCUAAUGAAUUUCAUGGUAAUAAUUGUGGCUUCUCUGUAGAUUGCUGCCUCGUCGAGUGCGCUCUCUUUGGUUGAUUCAAAUUUGUUAUAUUACUGUGUCACCUCUAGUGGAUGUAGACCAUUUUGAGAAAAGCAACAAAACAUCCUAAAGUGAAGCUCGUGCAAUUAAGAAAAAAUCCUCUAUAGAUGACUUGAGAAAAUAAAACCUUUUAAGAUCAUUUUGAUACCUGUAGUUAGAUUGGAAAACUGUUAGGUCGAGGUUUUAAUGAGGCGUAAAAGCAAUUAACCCUAAUGGUUCUGUUGGCGUCAGGUGUUGAAUAAAACGUGACUUGUAAGAAAGUAAAGCCUAGAUUAAACGGUGUGCCAGGGUCGCAUUAUCUAGAAAAAUUCGACAGAUAAUGCGACGUUAGCACGCCGUUUAUUGCGCACGAAAUUGAAUUAAUGAGGAGGUCGCACCAACUUUCUGGAGCGGGUGGGCUAGUCGGAUAAUGCGACUUUGGGACGGCGAGGGAUUUUUUAGCGCUAGUAUCAUUUAUUUUGCAUGUAUGUGCAUUAUUAGGGCACAAAUAAACGAUAAGUAAUUAAAUAAUUAUUUUAGGAUAUUGUUUGUCAUAAAGGGCUUAUUGUUUGUACGGAGGCGCUAACGUUUGUAAGAAGCAUGCAAAUGACUUUCACAAAAUACUAUUGUUUGCACUUGCUGUAAUAAAAAUGUUAAUGAAUAUUUCUUUCACUGUAUUGAUUGCGAGUUCUCGUAUUAUUGAUAUUUUAUUUGUGUUAUUGUUAUGUACCAACGCGCAAAUAAAAAUGGAUUUUUCAUUCCU